AUGAUUAAUAUAACAAAGCUCAUAAAGCAAAGACAAUAAUAUUCUACUAUAUUAGAGGAUAACUCAAAAUUAUUCAUCAAACCAAUUGAUGAGCAAGAUGAAAUCACUUUUAGGGGAGAAUUUUUAAUUUAGAAGAAUGGAAAACUGAAAAAGAAAUAUAUUUAAUUUUAGUAACACAUUCUUGUUUAUUCAAAAAAUGUAAUGAUAUUUAAAAAUAUCUAAGAAACAUAUUAAUCUAUUGAAUGCUACAUUAUUGUUACAUAUAACUAGUCUAAAUGAAAUAGAAGGAUUGAAAUUUAUAAAAUCAGGUACUUCUUUAGAUAUCUAUAAUAACGCAAUUGAAUUAUAUCAUUAUGUUCGCAAAUAUUGUGUCUAAAGAGAUAUUCCAGAGAGAUACAAAAUUACUUCUAUUCUAUAUUAUGGCAGUAAUGCUACUGUAAAUUAUUGUUCAAUAAUUUAAGUUUCUGUAAUUAGAGUCUACAUUACAAAAUAAGGCUGUUUAUGUUGCCAAAAUAUAUGAAAAAUAAAACUAUACUACUUAGGACUAAAUUUCUGGUCUUAAGAAAGAAGUUCAGAUUCUUAGAUAGUUAAAUCAUUCAUAUAUAUCAAAUCUUGUUGAAAUAUAUGAAAAUGAUGAUUAGAUAUUUUUGAUAAUGGAGGAAUUAAAAGGAGAAUGCUUAUAAGCUCUUUUAGAAAGUUCAUAAUAAUUUAAUGAGAACUAAAUAAAGUAAAUCAUGAAACCUCUUUUUGAAUGUGUUGCCUAUUUACAUAAUAAUAAUAUUUUUCAUCGAGAUAUUAAGCCUUAGAAUAUUAAAUUUAGAUAAUCUGAUAAUCAAAUUGAGCCUUGUUUAAUUGAUUUUAGUUUGGCUGAUAAUUGGAAUAAAAAUGGCAGAUAUUUAUUUACAAGAUGUGGAAGUGUUGGUUAUGUUGCUCCUGAAGUUCUUUAAGACAAGAAAUAUAUUCUCAAUAUAGAUGUCUAUAGCUUAGGAGUCAUUCUAUAUAUAUUAGUAACUUAAAAACAUCCCUUCGAAGAUUUAGAUCAAAAUAAAAAAAUACUUAAAAAUUAUAAUGGCAAAGUUGAUUAUACAUAAGUUUAAUGCUCAUAAAUUCUUUUGGAUUUAAUGAGAAAAUGUUUAGAAGUCGAUUUUACUUUACGUCCAAGUUGUAAAGAAAUUUUGAAUCAUCCAUUUUUUUCUAACAGAAUUCCAAAGUUGCUUUCAUUUAAAAUAAAAGAUCAAAGAAAAUCUACUAUAAUAAAAACUCCAAGAAAUUAAAAUUUUAAUAUUGCUACUGAAGAAUCUAUGAAUAGUCUCAGCUAAUCCAAAUCUCCUUCCUCAUUUGUUAGUUAAAGACAUUCUCUCGCAUUAUAGAAACAAAAAACAGUAUUUCCUGAAAGUAUAAUCAUUACAAUAUUUAUCAUAGUUAAUAUUUUAUAAGGCAAAUCAAAAUAUUUUAAAACUAGAUACUCUCAAUAUGAAAGUUUGAAUUGA